AUGGAAGUGGAAGAGGAAGCGCGAAGUGUAAUUUACGUUUUUCCAAGUUGGAUCUGCUUCCUUUGUGAUAGCUUUAAUCAGGUGAAAUUGGUGUUUCCCACACGAUCUACAACGGAUUCCUCAAUCAAUAACCGCGUGUUUGUUUCGUUUGCUGGUCUGGAGUGCAUAUUAGGCAUCAUCAGGGCCCUGAGGAUGGGGUCCUGCUUUUCUGUAGAAAGCAGGAGCCCUAUCCCAAAUUCUCCAACUCCAAGUCUUGGGAUUAAAAAGAAAAAGAAUUCAAAAAAAAGGCCACCUGGAUUAAGGAGUUCUUCAUUUGAUCAUAGAAGGGAAGAACAACUCCAUAGAGUUGCAGGGAGAAUGUGCUUGAAUGGUUCUAGUCAAGUUGCUUCUCUUUUUACUCAACAAGGCAAGAAAGGAACCAAUCAAGAUGCCAUGAUUGUUUGGGAGAAUUUUGGGUCAAGAACAGACACAGUGUUUUGUGGUGUAUUUGAUGGACAUGGGCCAUUAGGUCAUAAGGUUGCUAAGAGGGUGAGAGAUUCACUUCCAUUAAAGCUAAGUGCACAUUGGGAAGUUAACCUUAAAGAUAGCAAUGAUGUUCUUAAAGAGAUCAUCAUGGGAAGCCUCAACUCUGAAGGGACAUCCAUUAAUUCACCUUCACCCUUUGAAGAAACCGAUAAGAACCCUGAAAUCUUUCAAACCCUAAAGGAAUCAUUUUUGAAGGCGUUCAAAGUGAUGGAUAGAGAGUUGAGUAUGUAUGCAAAUAUUGAUUGCUUUUGCAGUGGGACAACCGCAGUCACUUUGAUCAAACAGGGUCAACAUCUUAUAAUUGGAAACAUUGGGGACUCGAGAGCUGUAUUAUGCACAAGAGACAAAGACGACUCUCGUGUUGCAGUUCAAUUGACAGUGGAUCUAAAACCAAAUCUUCCAGCGGAAGCGGAGCGUAUCCGUAAAUGUAAGGGGCGCGUGUUCGCCUUGAAGGAUGAACCCGAAGUGGCUAGGGUUUGGCUACCUAACCAUGACUCACCAGGGUUAGCCAUGGCUCGUGCUUUUGGUGAUUUUUGUCUUAAAGAUUUUGGUCUCAUUUCUGUCCCUGAAGUCUCAUAUAGACGCUUAACUGAUAAAGACGAAUUUAUUGUCUUGGCAACAGAUGGGAUUUGGGAUGUGCUUACAAAUGAAGAAGUGAUUGAAAUUGUGGCAUCAACCGAUGCACCUUCUCAAGCGGCUCAAGCCGUGGUGGAGUCAGCGGUUCGAGCCUGGAGGCAAAAGUAUCCGACUUCUAAAGUCGAUGACUGUGCGGUUGUUUGUCUUUUUCUCGGAUUGGACACGUCAGCAACAAAGCGGGACCCGGGGAAGAACGUGGAGGAAGAAGAGUCAUCAUCCACCAUGAAUGUGGAAACGGGAAAAGACUGGUCUGCCCUUGAAGGGGUGUCUCGGUUGAACACAUUACUAACCCUGCCAAGGUUCGAUGAAGAAAACCGUGAACCGGGGGACAAUGGGAAGAUUUAAGUGUGGGUAUUAUCGUCAUUUUGCGUUUUUGUCCAUGUUUUUUUCGGUUUUUUGUUUUUCAAGAUUGUAAAGGUUUCAACAACAAACAAAAAACAGCCUCAUAAGGUGUGGUCUGGUUAUUGAAGAACCCCGGCUGUUUUAGAGGGUUGGGGAUAUUGUUUAUUUUUGUUUUCUUUCGGGAGGGUAGAAUGGGAAUUUUGUGAAACCAAAUCUUGUCUUUUUUUGUUGUUUCAGGAUUGUGUGAAUUGUCAAUUAAAUGUUAUGUUGAUUAAAUUUUAUAG